AUGUCUUUUUUCAGGCGUCCGUUCAGCCAGCGGGAAGCCGCGCCGGGCGAAGCGCACCAAGAUGGCCAAGAUGGCGACGCAGAUGUGGUCUCGGAUGGAAGCCUCCAGUUCGUUGCCGAGAAAGGGGGUAACGACUCCGGUAUCACCUACCAAGAAGCUUCGGGGGCACCCGUUGAGUCUACAAGUCCAAUGGGCUACCAUGCGAACAGCCUCUUUUUGAUAUUUCUGAAUGUUGGAAAAAUGAUCGGCACCGGGGUGUUUUCCACCCCCUCGACCAUCUUGACCGGGACCGGCUCCGUCGGUGUAGCCAUGAUCUGGUGGGCGCUCGGAUUUUUCACCUCUGCCUCCAGUCUGUCUGUGUAUAUGGAGUACCUGGCAUACUUCCCCAACCGGUCUGGUUCUGAGGUCGUCUAUCUGGAACAGGCUUACCCUCGACCUCGGUAUCUGUUUGCCACGGCAUUCGCUUUCCAGUCCGUAGUACUCUCUUUCGGCAGUGCCAAUGCAACAGUCCUCGCGCAAUACCUUUUCCGCAUCAGUGGUCGCUCUCCUGCAGCGUGGGAACAGAAAGGAGUGGCCAUAGCAGCCUAUACCGUCGCAACCUUACUUGUUGCGCUACAUACGAAAUUCUCCUUUCGAUUUACCAUUGCCAUCGGUAUAGUCAAGGUCCUAACCCUGGUCUUCAUCUCGAUAACUGGCUGGGUGGUUCUCUCGGGACGGACCUCGGUGGCGAAUCCGCAUGCAAACUUCGAAAACGCUUUUGAGGGCAAGGCUACGCCAUAUGGUCUCACAAACUCAUUGGUCAAGAUCAUCUUUGCUUAUGCUGGCUAUGAGAACGCGUUCAAUGUCGUCAACGAGGUCAAGGUUGUACCCAAGGCCGAGCUGAAAGCAGCUGCGCAAGUAUCGGCAAGUCUGUUCUUCCAGAAAGUGUUUGGAUCAUCCAAUGCCACGAGGGGCCUCAACUUCUUGAUUGCCCUUAGUGCGUUCGGUAACCUCAUUACUGUUCUGAUUGGAGUAUCCCGCAUGAUACGGGAAUGCGGACGGCAAGGAGUCUUGCUGUGGCCGAGGUUCUGGGCUUCCACCAGACCCUUUGGCACACCGUUAGGCCCAUAUCUCGUGCAGUGGGGAUUCACCGUGGUUGUGCUCUUGGCGAUACCCGCAGGCGACGCUUUCAAUUUCGUUGCGAAUCUCAAGACUUAUCCCAACGCGGUAUUCAACGUAGCUAUGGCGUCUGGCAUUUACAUCAUUCGAUUCAGGCGCAAGCGACUUGGUCUGCCCAGACCGUCGUAUCGGGCGUGGGAUGUGUCCGUCAUCUUCGCGAUCAUGGUUCACGUCUAUUUGUUGAUCAUGCCCUGGUACCCUCCUGACGGCGGUCCGUUUGCUGGAGAUGUUAGCUUCUGGUAUGCGACUUAUGUGGUCACUGGUAUUGGGUUCCUCCUCGCUUGUGGAACCUACUAUACAGUCUGGAUUUAUGUUCUGCCCAAGCUCCGCAAGUACCAGCUCCGCCAGACCGUCGUUACUUACGAAAACGGAGCGCAGAGCCAUAAUAUUGUGCAGGUACCCAAUGCGGAGGUGGAGCGUUGGGAUGCGACGCAUGAUGCGGUCGGCCGCGAGAUCAGCCUGGAGACUCAUAGUCACUCCUCAGAAAAGGAGGUGUCUGGAACGAAAGUCUGA